AUGCCAGUUACUAAAAAGCCAAGAGCGGCUCUUGAUGCUGUCGAGUCUCGGUCUGAAGGAUCUGUGUCUUCUGACGAGUCCGACUACCUCGACAAUGCAGCAGCCCGCAAGCGACGUCGAACCGAAGACGAUGCCUCGAGCGACGACAGUGAAGACGGAGGAGUCCAGGUGGAUAGCGACGAAGAUGAGACAGACGAGCCCAAACAAAGUAUGAAGCCUAUUCUCGCUUCUUUUGCAGCACCAUCACGUAUCAAGAAGAAGGGCGCGGCCUCUGCGCCGACAGCCAAACCAGCUGUCGUGGACGCUGUUCCCGACGCUGUUGCCCAAACGCAAGUCCUAGCGCCCACCGAUCCCAACACCACAUUCUCAGCCCUCAAGGUCCGGCCCUGGCUGGUUCAGUCACUCGCAAACAUGGCGAUCAAGCGACCGACUGGCAUUCAGAAAGGCUGUAUCCCCGAGAUUCUCAACGGAAGGGACUGCAUCGGUGGCAGCCGUACAGGUUCCGGUAAAACCGUCGCGUUUGCCGUGCCGAUCCUGCAAAAAUGGGCCGAGGAUCCCUCCGCGAUCUUUGGUGUCGUCUUGACACCCACACGCGAGCUGGCACUCCAGAUCUACGAGCAGUUCCGCGCCAUUGCGGCGCCGCAGAGCCUCAAGGUCGUCCUCAUCACCGGCGGCUCCGACAUGCGGCCGCAGGCCAUUGCGCUGAAGCAGCGGCCGCACAUCAUCAUUGCCACGCCAGGACGGCUGGCGGACCACAUCCGCACGUCUGGCGAGGACACCAUCUGCGGCCUGCGCCGAGUGCGCUACAUUGUGCUCGACGAGGCGGACCGGCUGCUGCACGCCGCCGGCACUGGCAGCAUGCUGCCCGACGUGGAGGAGUGCCUGUCAGUGCUGCCGCCGCCGACGGAGCGCCAGACGCUCCUCUUCACCGCGACCAUGACGCCCGAGGUGCGCGCGCUCGAGAAGAUGCCGCUCAAGCCGGGCAAGAAGCCCGUCUUCGUGUGCGAGGUCGACACGCAGAUGCUCGCCAUCCCCGCGACGCUGAGCCAGAAGCACGUCCAGAUUCCCGUCACGCACAAGGAGCACUACCUUCACGUCCUCCUCCUCACCGAGGCCAACGUGGACAAGACGGUCAUCAUCUUCUGCAACCGCACGUCCACGGCCGAUUUCCUGCACCACAUGCUGCGCCUGCUCGACCACCGGGUGACGUCGCUGCACUCGAAGCUGCCGCAGCGGCAGCGCAUCGACAACCUGGCGCGGUUCCGCGCGUCGGCCGCGCGCAUCCUCAUCGCGACCGACGUCGCAGCGCGCGGCCUCGACAUUCCCGAGGUCAGCCUCGUGGUCAACUACGACAUACCGCGGGACCCGGACGACUACAUCCACCGCGUCGGCCGCACGGCGCGCGCAGGCCGCUCCGGCGAGGCGGUUACGCUCGUCGGCCAGCGCGACGUCGAGCUCGUGCUGGCCAUUGAGAGGCGCGUGGGCCGCGACAUGGAGGCGUGGGCCGAAGAAGGCGUCAACCUGGAGACGAGGGUCAUUCGCGACGCGCUCAAGACGGUCAGCGAGAAGAAGCGCGAGGCGCUGCUCGAGGUGGAGGAGAAUAAGGAGGUGGGCGGCAAGAGGAAGAGAACGAAGCAGAAGCUGCACGCGGCGUAG